UGCAGACGUCCCCUUCUCUCUAAACUAUUCUCUUUUCAGAGCCGGCAGCCCCUUGCUGAGUUGGUCGCAAUCAUUGUUUCUCUGCAGCAUUAACCACAUUCCGGAGAGGCGCAUCGCAUCCCGUCCACAUCCUCGCAUUCCUCUUACGCGAACGAGUCCCCCGUGUAAAACCGCCUUUUAUUCAGAUUGCAGUCCGUUUACAAAGCUCAGAUCCGUCUAAAAACCGACAUUGAAAGCGUGUGCGAUUAUUCAGUCGACUUCAAUGUUUUAACGAGUUCACCGCAAGCGAAACUAAGAGGGGAAAACACAAACAGGGAGAAAUUCCUCCGCGCAGCGCGCCAUUGACUGUAAAGACCUUUCAACUUAACAAAAACUGAAGUUGACAAACGUAUCGGCAGAAACUGUGAGGAAGAGUUGGCGUCCCCGAGCAGAGAGGAGGCGAUGCGGCACACUGGUGGAGGCUUUUUCCUGUAAAUGAGCGACGUCUGUGUUGUGAUUGUUUUUCAUGUUCAUGUGAAAUGCAGUCGGUGCUCCGCGGUGCUCGCUAGUUUUGGCAGCGGACUUGUUCCCUUUCCUCUCCGGAGCCCAACAUGGAGCACUACCAGGAGGAUCUGGGGCUCCGGGCCGGCCAGCUGAUGGACGACCUCUCCCUGUACGACGCGUACAAAGACGGGCUGUACAACGCGAGGAGGGACCUGGUGAUUAACCCCGAUUUGGACUUUUCUGCUCCGGAGCACAAGAGUAACAAUAACAACAAUAAACAGCCAAUGAACGGCACGUCUUUGCUCCACCAGCAGCACCACCACACCGUGGAGAACUUCACCUCCGGGACUAAGGUGUACACCGCGGCUCCGGUGCGACCCGUCGGCUGCACCCGGACCGUCCCGGUGGACUACUGCGCCCCGCAGAGAGACGCGGGCUACCCGGAGGAGGGCUGCUGCACCAAGUCCGAGGUGGCGCUGCCGUGCUACACCGGAGCCUCCGAGCGGCACCGGAGGUACUCUCUGGAGGUGCAGGGCCACAGGUACAGCACCGGCUCCGCCUUCGACAAGCCCGCGGCGGUGCCCGGGAACAGGUGCAACAGCGUGUGCAUCACCGGGAGCAGCAGCCACGACGGGAGGUAUAACACCACCACCACCACCACCACCACCUCCACCUCCACCAGCAGUCCUCGCUCCUCCCUGUCCUCUCAGGAGCACAGCAAGCACGCCAGCCCGAGGUCGAGCAUCAGCAGCCCGCGCACCAGCCUGGUGGUGCCGGGUCAGGACCGGUACUCGAGCCCCAGGUCUAGUCUGCUCCACUGCGAGGGCAGCAGCGUCCUCAGCCCCAGAUCCAGCUAUGCAAGCACCGCCAGCGACACCAGUAAGCACUCCAGCCCCAGGGCCAGCCUCAACAGCUGCGACUGCUGCAGCAAGCCCAGCAGCAACCGGACGAGUGGCAUCAGCAUGGGCUACGACCAGAGGCACGCCAGCCCCAGGUCGAGCACUGCGAGCCAGUACUCCUUCACCACCAGCCCGAGGUCCAGCUACUCCGACUCCCGGUACGGGCCCGUGGUCAACCACGAUCUGGAGGGGGCCAUCCUACACGCGGUGCCGCUGGCGAGUCCCCGGUCCAGCAUCUGCAGCCAGGACGGGAGCGCGAGACCGGGCACCGCCGCCAACUGCGUGGUCAGCCCCCGGUCCAGCAUCUCCAGCCACAGCUCCAGGAGCUCCCGCAGCUCCAGGGGGUCUAUGAGCACCUACCCGGAGCUGCAGCUGCCCUCGCCGAGGUCGUCGAUGCUGGGCAGCAGCCUGCAGGAGGACACGCUGCUGCUGCAGGAGUUUGGAGACUCCAACGGGGUCCAGAGUCGCGUCCACCUCCAGGGGCUGUCGGCGGUGCCGGAGCCCCAGCAGCAGCAGUCCUCACACGGGGGGUCCGUGGAGAUGGCCUCGGGGCUGCCGUCGUCGUUUAGUUAUGGGGUGUGCUCGAAAACAGCCUCCUCCAGCCAGAGGUUUAAGAUCCCCUACCAGGUGACCCCCAGCCGGGAGAGCGGACCAAGCCAGGCGGAGAGGCGGCUGGAGGCGCUCACCUUGGAGCUGGAGAAGGAGUUAGAGCUGCACAUGAAAAAGGAAUACUUUGGUAUCUGUGUCAAGUGUGGGAAAGGUGUGUAUGGAGCCAGCCAAGCCUGCCAGGCCAUGGGGAACCUGUAUCACACAAACUGCUUCACCUGCUGCUCCUGUGGACGGAGGCUGCGAGGGAAAGCCUUCUACAACGUCAACGGGAAGGUCUACUGUGAGGAGGAUUUCCUGUACUCUGGUUUCCAGCAGACGGCCGAGAAGUGCUUCGUGUGUGGCCACCUCAUCAUGGAGAUGAUCCUCCAAGCGCUGGGCAAGUCCUACCAUCCUGGCUGUUUCCGCUGCGUGGUGUGUAAGGAGGGUCUAGAUGGAGUGCCUUUCACCGUGGACGUUGAGAACAACAUCUACUGUGUCAAAGACUACCACACGGUGUUUGCUCCUAAGUGUGCCUCCUGCAACCAGCCCAUCCUCCCAGCCCAGGGCUCCGAGGAAACCAUCCGGGUCGUCUCUAUGGACAAGGACUACCAUGUGGAAUGUUACCACUGUGAGGACUGUGGUCUCCAGCUAAACGACGAAGAGGGCCACCGCUGUUAUCCACUGGAAGGCCACCUGCUCUGCCACGGCUGCCACAUCCACCGGCUCCAGUCGCAGGUCCCCGCCCACCUGCCCCCCAGCUACCCCCUCCAUGUCACCGAGCUGUGAGGGGGGCGGGGAGCAGGGUGGGCAGCAACCGUAGCCCUGCCUCCCAGGUGAUCCGAGACACCAGCAGCGGGGAAAAGAAAAACGCCUGCACCCCCUCCAGCAGCUCCAGGGGAAGCCUCUGUGUGGCCAUCCGAGCUGCUGCCCCUGUCCUCCACCGGACGGCCAGGCCGUGGACUAACACACUCAAGCCCUGCUGUCACAUGACGGUGCUGAAAAAAAAAGAAGGGGUUUCCCCCUCCUCCUCCUCCAUCUGCGAUCCUUUCCCCCCCCUUCCCCCUUGGGUGGCUAACCCAGAGGCCCCCGCUGACGUCACACAGCCUGACCCCGUCGCAUUCAUCAAAGGGAGGGUUUUUUUGGACUGGAGGAGAGGACGCAAACUCGUCUCUCUCCUUGCUUCCCUCUCUCUUCUUUUCCAUGUUUUUCAUUCCUGCGCUCUGACUGAAGCGGGUCAACGCCGUGAAUUCUGCGGCGCUGUCACGACUGAGAACUCCACUGACGUCGGCGCCAGGGAGGCCGGGGAGCAAACGACUACUACAUUCCCAGUGCUGGCUGGACGGGACAGACCCCCGGGACGGGCAUGCCGUGCCUUCAGAGCAGGCUCUCUCCGUGCAGCUUCUAACACUGAAAUAGAGUCCUGCUAAAGGCUAUGCAAAAGGACACCCAGCAUCACGAGACAGGGCCGUGAGAAAAAAACUGUCAGCUCAUCGCUCGUCACCCUGCAGCACCCCGAAGUAACAGAUGCACCGUAGCACCACGAGAAAGAACCGACUGACAUUCCACUUAGAAGUCUUAGACGAGACCUCGAGAGAUUCACAAGCAGUGUCUUAAUUAAUGAUUAUAUUAUGACGGAAAAAAGAAAAUGUUAGAUGCACAUAGAAUGUCUUUUAUAUAUGAAUAUAUAUUUUGCAACUGUUUUCCACAUAAGAUCAUAGAUGUAGAUUCUCUUUUUUCUUCAUUGCUGCACUCGCGAUAGAUUCAGAGGUUAAAAAAAACGCAGUCUGAAGCCUCUGAAGAUUUUGUGUCUGUUGUAUCAUUUCUCCUCCAGGACACAGAGCCUCUUCAUGUCUGUCACUGGUUCUCAGAUCCACUGGCUUUGUAGGAGCACAUCUGGCUCAAACAGUAUUUGCCUUCAAUUAUUUAUUUCCACUUUGAGUACCAAAUGUUUAUUCCCUAAAUCAAGUUUUGGCAACAAUGUGUUCCCUUUAAACUUUGCAUAUCCCCUCUUUCUACUGACUGCAGGAAGCUGUUACACACACUAACAGUCAGACAUUUCUAGCAUACCUUAAAUUCCACCGUCUUUCGUUUAACCUCAGGUUGAACAGUGCAUCUAUUGUGAAUAUAAGUUCCUAAAAAGUUAAAGCAAAUUGAAAAGUUGUUAAUUAUAGAUGAUUAAUCACCCUGUUUGUUUGUAUUACAAUUGACAUCAGCACUCUCAUGGCUCUGAAAUUAAGCAGUAGUUGAAGUUCUAUGUAGCGCCAUGUGUAUUUCUUCUACCUUAUUCCCACAAAAUGUGACAAAACAUUAACAGACCUUAUCUUUAGACUUUUAAGACCUUCUGUCAAGGGUGCCAAUAUUUUCGCCAAGUCCUCACACAGAGCUUUAGGAUUAAGAUUUAAACGUAAUCCUAAAAUCUGAGCGUUUAACUACAAAUGGUUCUUUAAAUGCUGAGAUUAAGGCCCAGUGGUGCAACGCUAAAACACUCAGCGGUCAUCGUAGAAAAUAAAUGUCAGCUCAGGACAGAGAAAAUGCAAACUAUGAGAAGCCAUUUAGGAACUCUGAUUGGUUAAUACAACAUGUUGCGUUAACCAGGCGCCUCAUCAGAGGGAUAAAGAUCUGGACUAAAACUAAUUUCAUCAAUAAUCAUGAAUUUAUAGUCGUACUCAAAGAGGAAAAAAAAACUAAUUGAAUGGUUUGUUUCCAAAUUCCUUUUUGCUCGACACUGUUUCCUGGAAAGCUUUCCAGACACUGUUUAUUGUCAUAUGAGCACUGAGAGCACAGUGCGUUGCUACAAUGAACCGCACGCCUUAAGACAGAACAGGUAUGUUUGUGUGUCUCGCUCCAGUUUGACAAGCGUCUGCUGUUGUGUUGUGGGAGGACGUCUCUGAAAACCCGGAGCUGCUGGUCUCACCCGCGUUUUUAGGGAGUCCGCCCCAUGUUUCCCUUGCUGGUUGUGUGUGUGUGUGUGUGUGUGAGUGUGUGUGUGUGUGUGUGUGUGUGUGUGUGUGUGUAUGUGUGUGUAUAAAACAAAAACACUUGAAACUCUGAGCUAUGGUAGUGCCGGAAAAAAUGGUUCCAACCUCCUCCCUUUUUUUGGGGUUGAGAAAACUUUACGUCACCUUUGCACCGAGCAAAAAUUUGAGGUAGAUUAACCCCAACUAUGUGUGCUUAUUUCCAAUAUCAGCAAAUUGUGUGGAUGUCUUGUGUGUGUGUGUGUGUGUGUGUAUGUAUGUAUGUGUGUGUGUGUGUGUGUGUACUAGUGGCAGGGCCAUGGCACGUGCACAUCACUGUGUUUGCAGGGCAGCGCAGCAACCAACACAAUGGCCUGCUCUCUCUGUUAGUGAUGACUGCGUUAUACCUCCCUCCAGAUGUUUGUGUCUAAUUCUUGGUGUUUGUUUGAACAUCUGUCCGGCACCAUGUUGGCGGUGUGUUCCAGUCGCUGAUAUGUCAGCCUCUGACUGUAGCAAACUCCACCCAUCUGGUAUUCACACUAGAAUAAAACAAUCACCAUUUAUUAUACACAAAACACUGGUUGUUAUUCACACUGCAUUACUGUUCCAGCAGGUCUGAAUAAAUACUACUGAAUGUGUCCAAAACAAAGACUGAAGGCGGGGGUCACCACAAGCAGGAAGUGCUUUCUAAUGUAUCCUGAUGUAAUGAGAUUCAUUCAAUGUAAUAAUGAUUAGUGUUGUAUAUUUGUUAAAAGCAGAAACGAAAAGGACUGCGUAUGUGAAACAUUCCCAGUGUCAUUUGAUUAACCUCAGAUUUGUAUGAGGGUUCUGGUCAAGUAAUGUGUGCUAUACUUGAAGAAUGAGGCUUCUUUUUUUUUUUUUUUUUUACUUGUCUGCACAUUAUCAACCCCCAAGAAAAAACUUAACAAGAUCAGAGUGUAUCCCCUUUAAAGAGAAUUAAUUCACCCUUUUAAAAAGUACUACUUGAGUUUCUAUUGCAUAGCACACUGCUAGUUACCCUGUACAUAAAGAGGCUAGUUUUGUAUUUUAUUUUUCUGUCAAAAAAAUCACUUGGAAAGAGAAGACGUCUUCUUCUCCUACUGGUAGUUCCAACAAGCACAUCUGUCACACAUCUUUUGUAUCUCUUAAGUGUUUUGAUUACCUAGAUGGUUCAUAAAAAAAGGAAGCUAGAUCUAUUUAUCUAAACAUGAAAAAAGUCUAAAGUUAUUUAAUGUAUUAAAAAUCGGGACGUAUCAUUUAACUGUAGAUGACAUAAUCUGCUUUUUCAAUAAAGUGGUUUUGUAGCUAACUGCAAAAAAAAUGUAUUUUUUUACUUUACUUGGCUGUUUGUAGUUUAGUAAAUCUAGAGUUCUUUUUUUGUAUACAGUAUGAAAUCUGUCUCUGCAAAAUUACACCCAGUUAUGAAAUAAUGCUGACAUGAUACCAUUCCUCUAUUAAUUGCUUUUAUUUUGAAAGUCUUUGGCACUCUAACACUCACAUUUCAGAUAUUUAAGGUAUGGAGAGGUAGUGAAGUAAUUAGGAGUGUUUUUAUUAUAUUUAUUAAAAGUAUUCAGUCUGUACACUAGCAGUAAUAAGCAUUGGAAAGUGAGACAGAAAACCGAUCGUUAAAUAAAGUCAAAGUCCAGGGGUUCAGCAGGAACAACAUGUGGAGAUGACUGAAGAACUAUUUGACCACAUGUACACUAAGUGGUUUUCCCAUGGCCGGCUGGUUCCUAAGUGCUUGGGAUGCAGAUGAGAAUCAGAUGGAGAUCUCACGCUGUUGUUAAAGUCAUAUCCCAUCUCCUCUACUCACUCUCAUUGCACUCUUCCAUUUCUCUGUAGCUCUUAAUGUCUUCCACUGACACAUGUCUGUAAUUUGAUCAUCCAGGGGUCACUGGAUUAUGGUUGGAUCAUCUGUCUGUUCUCAC